AUGCAGAAUCAUAGGUUGAAGCAACAGCAGCAUCAACAACAGCAACAGCAACAGCAACAAGCUAUGAUGCAACAAGCGCUUCUUCAACAACAGUCUCUCUACCAUCCUGGUCUCCUAGCUCCACCUCAGAUUGAACCAAUCCCAAGUGGAAAUCUGCCUCCUGGUUUUGAUCCAAGUACUUGCCGCAGUGUGUAUGUGGGUAACGUUCAUACCCAGGUAACCGAGCCACUUCUGCAAGAAGUUUUUGCAGGUACUGGCCCAGUUGAAGGGUGUAAACUUUUUAGAAAAGAGAAGUCAUCCUAUGGAUUCAUUCAUUACUUUGAUCGCAGAUCUGCUGCUCUGGCCAUAUUAACUCUCAAUGGAAGGCAUCUUUUUGGGCAACCUAUCAAAGUUAACUGGGCAUAUGCUAGUGGUCAGAGAGAGGAUACAUCAGGCCAUUACAACAUAUUUGUUGGUGACCUCAGUCCUGAGGUUACUGAUGCUACACUUUUUGCAUGCUUUUCUGUCUACCAAAGUUGUUCAGAUGCAAGGGUUAUGUGGGAUCAAAAGACUGGGCGUUCAAGGGGAUUUGGAUUUGUUUCAUUCCGUAGUCAGCAGGAUGCUCAAAGUGCUAUAAAUGAUUUGACCGGUAAGUGGCUUGGAAGUAGACAAAUACGCUGCAAUUGGGCAACAAAAGGUGCUGGCGGCAUUGAAGAGAAGCAAACCCCAGAAAACAAAAGUGUGGUGGAACUAACAAAUGGCUCAUCUGAGGAUGGUAAAGAGACACCUAACAACAAUGAUGCUCCCGAGAACAAUCCUCAAUAUACAACUGUUUAUGUGGGUAACCUUGGUUCUGAGGCAACACAGCUUGAUCUCCAUCGUCAUUUCUAUACCCUUGGAGCUGGUGUGAUAGAGGAGGUGCGUGUCCAACGUGAUAAAGGAUUUGGGUUUGUGAGGUUUAGUACUCACGCGGAAGCAGCUCUGGCAAUUCAGAUGGGAAAUGCUCAGUCUUAUCUCUGUGGAAAACUAAUUAAGUGCUCCUGGGGGAGCAAGCCCACUCCAGCCGGAACUGCUUCAAAUCCUCUUCCUCCACCUGCUGCUGCGCCUUUGCCAGGUCUGUCCGCAACUGAUAUUCUGACCUACGAGAGGCAGAUAGCUAUGAGCAAGAUGGGUGGCGUUCAUGCUGCAUUGAUGCAUCCUCAAGCGCAACAUCCUCUUAAGCAGGCUGCGAUUGGAGCAAGCCAGGCGAUAUAUGACGGCGGGUUCCAAAAUGUCGCGGCUGCACAGCAAAUGAUGUACUACCAGUAA